UGAAUGUGCGUGUGCAACCCUGAAACCUUUCCCCCUCUGGAAACUGCAAGGAGACCCACGGUUUCCGUGUGUUCGUGGUUUGAUCAUGUCGGGCAGAAAGCCCCGGUAUGUGGCGAACCCCCUGGAGUCUGCGAUCACCACCCCGAGCGAGAGGAUCCUGAAGGAAUGCCACAGUCUGUAUGUGGACAGCGAGAACGGUCUGGUGAAAAUUGCCAGCAGCCUCGGAGUCCGGCUCCUUCCUCCGAGAAAGAAGAUUAUCGUGAUGAUCAUGGGAAAUCACUCUGCAGGGAAGAGCUCCUUCAUUAACUGGUAUGUCGAAGAGCACAUUCAGAAAACCGGUGUGGCCAUUGAAACUCAGGGCUUUACCUUCAUCACCAGUGGUCGCAAGAGAGAGUCGCUGACGGGAAAUGCAACAUUACAUCUCUAUCCUCAUUUCCGACCUAUCCUUGAGUUCAAAGGUGUGAUGGACUACCUGUCUGCUGAGAUCUCCACCUCAAAGCAGAAGAAAUUCAGCCUGGUGACGUUCGUGGACACUCCUGGUUUGGUGGACGGGGACAUGAUCUACCCAUUUGAUGUCAACAGCACCAUCACCUGGUUGGGAGAACAGGCGGACCUGGUAUUCGUCUUCUUUGACCCGAUGGGUCAGGCGCUGUGCAAACGGACGCUCAACAUCGUGGAGAAGCUGAGCGACAAAUGUGGAGACAAGCUGUUGUUUUAUCUCAGCAAAGCAGACGAAGCUGGGAAGGAGACGGACAGACAGAGAGUAAUGAUGCAGAUUGUCCAGGAGCUGUGCCGCCGUCCAGGCCUCAAUAAAUGUGGUUUUGAGAUGCCGACGAUAUACAUCCCCAACCCACAGAAGCCAAGCAGGUGUGUGAACCAGAUUGACAGCGUUUGUCAAACGAUUGAGAAGACCAUCAACCAGGCUGUCCAGAAGACUUUAGAUCAGCUGGAGAAAGACUCUGACCUCAUUUGUUCGACCAUCACCAACAAACUGGAGCAGGACAGGACUGACGUGGCUUUCAACAGGAGUGUCCGUCUUCACUCAGUUCUGUGUUUGGCUUUGGGCUUUUUCCUGCCGUUCCUUUUCAUCCUUAGUUUCAUUGUAAGCACCUUCUCCAAGGAGCAACUGGACGACUUGCUGGGCGAAGGUCCGACUCAGACCGUUAUGGUCUUCACAGGCAUAGUGAUGUAUUUAUGGGAAUGGAUACCGGAGGACAAACAAGUAGUUUUUGUGAUCUCGUUUGGGGCUUUUUGCUACCUCCUGCUUUUCCUAGCAAAGUAUUUUGCAGGCCGAAGAAACAAGACUCUGACGAAGAAGGAGAAGAGGAAGAUGAUGGAGUACAUGGAUUAUAUCCAUGAUAUUGUCAAAACUAAAAAGGCUAAACUGUACGAGUGGUACCUGCAGCAGUGUGCAGCGGAACAGGACCUCUGAUGCCGCUGGUUUACAUCUGGAUGGUGGUGCUGCCUCAUGCUUUUUUUUAAUAAUCUUUUUUAUUUGUUUGUUUUUUUUUUGCAAAAAAGCAACUAAUUAGAUUUCAGCCUGACAUUGGUGGGUUAGUGUUAGGCUUAGUAGACAAUCACCAGGCCAGUCGUAGGUGGAACCUGAAAUGCAGCAGCCAUCACUGCCAACCUCUGUCAUCUCAGCAGCCGACGUGGAGAAGUGCCUUGUUUUUACUGCACACAGGACAAACUGUGAUUUUAGCUCUUGGGCAAAAGUAAUUUUCUCAGUGGGAGGAUUUGUUCCCCUUUUCUCUUAGAUUUUGUGAUACAAAUGCUCAAAAAUGUUUGCAAAAGGACUUUUCUCCAUUUCACAUAUUGACCCACCAGCAAAUACCUUGUAUUUUUUUAGUGUGAAAUACCCUGACUGACAUAUUACCUGAAUGUGUUUUCAUGCAUAUAGCUAUUUAACUGCAAUAAUCAGUGCCGCGAUUACACCCGGGCAUUACGAAUAGAUGUGAAGAAGCAGCAAACCUGCAAAAAAAAAAAAAAA